CUCUCUCUCGGAUUCUCUAUUUGUCCCUGUCCUGUUCAGACGAAGCCUGCUGUGUUCCCUAGCUGUCUGUACUGCUGUUUAGCGAGGAGUAGAGCUGUGUAGGAUUGAGCAGGACAACGUGUGACCACGUAGAACAGUCUAGGGCUGUGUGUAGGGCUGUAUUAGGGCAGUGCAGGGCACAAGGGCUGUGUUGGGCUGGCAGAGGUAGGGCUCUCCCAUGGCCUACCCUCAGUGCCCAGCCCCUGGGUCCUAUACCAUGGUCAUCAUCCCUCUCCGGAGCAGCCUCUACAGUCUUGAUGCCCUACGCUUCUACCUAUGGAUUAAGAGGCUAAAGAACUUGGAGAGGGAGCAGGACUCUCUGUGGGCCGGGCUGCAGGUUCUGGAGCAAGCCCGACUAUGGUACCGACAUAGACUGGAGGACAACAGAUCCAGGCAGGCUAACGUGGGCACCGGGGCUGGAGCUAGGGCAGAGGUGUGGGGAGGAGAGGGGGUGUCAUCGUGCCGCCUCAGGUCUCAGAUCCAGAGGGUGAAUGGAUCUUUGGGUAGUCUGAUGAUUGAGCCCAACGUAACCGGCUGUCCCUCCUCUCUGAAGAGGGUCGAGGUAUCAGACAAUGAGCUACGGUGGCAGAACACGGUACUGGUACAGGAGGUGAGCGAGAAGAAUUUUCAAAUCUCCCUGUUGGAGCUGGAGAGAGACCGCCUUUUGCAAGAGCUGAGUGUGCAUCUGGGUGCAGAAGUGUAGUGGGCAUCCUGACUGAGAUAUUUGAGUUUGUACACUGCUGUCAAGCCCAUUUUCACUUUUAUCAAACAUGAACACACACGUGACUGGACACCGCUUCAUAACUCUUCAACUAAAGUUAUUCCAAUCAAUGUCCGGAUUUCAUUGUCUCUCACCACUGUAAAUAUGUUUGUAAAAUAAUAAUUCAAUAUACUCUAUGUA